AACCGGAAACAGAAGUGAACCGGAAGUACUGUGACGUCACCUCGCAUAAACAAAACAACGCGUCGAGUUGCAACAUCUUUGUUGCUUUCGCUGCUGGUCUUCACUUCGAUACCAACAAAGGCCGUCUUUCGAGCCCUUAAUCUAUUUUCAACUGUCACAGCGAACAAGUUCGACGUCAAAAGGAUUUCUAGAAGCUUGGAAGCAGACAUGGCCCAGCAGCGAGGCGUCAACAGUCUGCACUUCAACCAGGACCAGAGUUGCUUCUGCUGCUCCAUGGAGUCCGGCGUGAGGAUCUACAACGUGGAGCCUCUGAUGGAGAAAGGUCACCUAGAUCACGAGCAGGUGGGGAGCGUGGCGCUGUGCUCCAUGCUGCACCGAUCCAACCUGCUGGCGGUGGUCGGGGGCGGAGUCAAUCCCAAAUUCUCCGAGAUAUCAGUCUUGAUCUGGGACGACGCCCGCGAGUCCCGAGACGCCAAAGACAAGCUGGUGCUGGAGUUCACCUUCACCAAACCCGUCUUGGCGGUCCGCAUGAGACACGACAAGAUCGUCAUCGUGCUGAAGAACCGCAUCUACGUCUACACCUUCCCGGACCAGCCCGCCAAGCUAUUUGAGUUCGACACCCGGGACAAUCCCAAAGGUCUGUGUGACCUGUGUCCCAGUCUGGACAAGCAGCUGCUCGUCUUUCCAGGUCACAAAUGUGGGAGCCUGCAGCUGGUGGAUUUGUCCAACACCAAGCCCGGAACCUCGUCCGCCCCGUUCACCAUCAACGCCCACCAGAGCGAGAUCGCCUGCGUGGCGCUGAACCAGCCCGGCAGCGUGGCCGCCUCCGCCUCCCGCAAAGGAACGCUGAUCCGUCUCUUCGACACCACCACCAGGGACAAGCUGGUGGAGCUGCGCAGAGGCACCGACCCCGCCACGCUCUACUGCAUCAACUUCAGUCACGACUCCUCCUUCCUGUGCGCGUCCAGCGACAAAGGGACGGUCCACAUCUUCGCUCUCAAAGACACCAAACUAAACCGCCGUUCUGCGUUGGCGCGCGUGGGCAAAGUGGGCCCUGUGAUUGGUCAGUACGUGGACAGUCAGUGGUCUCUGGCCAGCUUCACCGUGCCCGCCGAGUGCGCCUGCAUCUGCGCCUUCGGGAAGAACACGUCCAAGAACGUCAACUCUGUCAUCGCCAUUUGUGUGGACGGAACCUUCCACAAGUACGUCUUCACGCCCGACGGGAACUGCAAUCGGGAAGCCUUCGACGUCUAUUUGGACAUUUGCGACGACGACGACUUCUGAGGCCGACGGGGAACGUCAUUGGUCGUCAUGGUAACGGGCGGACUGAGAAGUAAACACUCGAUGUGCCGACUGAGUGAAUUUUGACGGCGCCACGAGUCGCUCCACUGUGAGGGUGGUAUUUUGAGUGUCAUCAGUACAACAUCCUGGUACUGACAGUGUACUGCAUUUUAAGGAAGUACCGUAUUUUCCGGACCAUAGGGCGCACUGGUUUAAAAGGCAUACUGCCGAUGAAGGGUCUAUUUUCAAUCUGUUUAAUAUAUAAGGCGCACCGGAUUAUAGAGCUCAAUAAAGGAUUCAUAUUAUGUGUCAUGAUAGAUUUUUGAGGGUCGUGUGUAAUGUUCUAUAUUUUCAAUGGAACAUAUAACAUGUUGGUGAAGUUUGCUUGAGUCAUAUUGCAGUCUACACGCAUCUCUUAUGUGUGACUGCCAUCAUAUUGCAGUCCACGUGUAUCUCUUAUGUGUGACUGCCAUCAUAUUGCAGUCCACGUGUAUCUCUUAUGUGUGACUGCCAUCAUAUUGCAGUCUACACAUAUCUCUUGUGUUUGAUUGCCAUCAUAUUGCAGUCCACAAGUAUCUCUUAUGUGUCACUGCCAUCAUAUUGCAGUCUACAUGCAUCUCGUAUGUGUGACUGCCAUCAUAUUGCAGUCUACGCAUAUCUCUUGUGUGUGACUGCCAUCAUAUUGCAGUCCACGCAUAUCUCUUAUGUGUGACUGCCAUCAUAUUGCAGUCCACACAUAUCUCUUAUGUGUGACUGCCAUCAUAGUGCAGUGCACACGUAUCUCUUAUGUGUGACUGCCAUCAAAUUGCAGUCUACACGUAUCUCUUAUGUGUGACUGCCAUCAUAUUGCAGUCUACACGUAUCUCUUAUGUUAACUGCCAUCAUAUUGCAGUCUAGCCUUUCUCAUAUGUGUGACUGCCAUCUAUUGGUCACACUUAUUUCACCCCAAAAAAUAGUUUAUAGGUCGGUCAACAAAACCAGAAUUAUUCUGUACAUUAGGCGCCCCACACUAUCUCGUAUGUGUGACUGCCAUCUACUGGUCACACUUAUCAUUUCACCAAAUAAAAUAGUUUCGAGGUCGGUAAGCAAAACCAGAAUUUUUCCGAACAUUAGGCGCGCCGGGUUAUAAGGCGCACGGUAGAGUUUUGAGGGGGAAAAAGUAUUUUAAGUGCACCUUAUAGUCCGGAAACUACGGUACACAAGUGCACCAAUCGAAAUGCAGCCUCCGUUGUCCACAAAUCACAACGCAAACGUUGGUAGAUCGUACAACAACAAACUUUAUGUAGCUAUAAUAAAGAUGACUCAUCAAGUAUCAACUUUUGACCAUGCAUUAAAAAUGAAAUUGAGCCAGUCUA